AUGUUUGUGGAUAUCGGAAAUGUUUUUCUCUUGAAAUUGUGGACUUUGGAACGUGGUUUAUUUGAAGCUCAUUCGAGAAGGCGUCCGGCACAGAAUUCGUGUCGGGAUGACGUAGUCGGGCGCGCAAAUGAAGCGCUAUGCCGUUGGACUGCGGAGUUUGGUGCCUACUAUCCGAACGAAGGCGACACAUUGAAAGGUUUACGAAAAUUUGGUGCUUCAAAAAUUCUUUUGAAAGUUCCGGUGCUCCAAGCAAUUCUUCCUGAGUUGCGUCUCAUUUGCAACAGUUGUCCGACUGAGAGAACAUACAUAUGGCUGGUCAAAUUGACUUGGAAAGUUAAUAGGCUGUGGAGGUUGCGCACCAUCCAGUCAUCUGACGAAAAACGCGCAAAGAGACGUUUCAUCCGUUUAUUACGCGCGUUUGAUACCGAAGACCUAGCUGCUAUUCUAAAGGCAGUGCAGAGUGGUGGCCGGGAUAUUAAGCAGUGCGCUCCAGGACCGCCAAUGGAUGUGAUAGAGGAGAUGCCAGGUUGCUCGAGGGAAGGCGAUUUGGACGACGAGGAAGGCUCACCUGAACGGCGUUACGAGGAUACCGGUCUGAUACCGCAGAUUGAUAAGCCCAUGUCGAUGCCUUAUCUGUGCUGUAAGCUGUGGCGAUGGAAAGAAUUACAGGUUUUGUCUUUUAUCGUCUGUGCUUUUGUGUUUUUGUCCUAUUAA